AGAUUUGUAUGAAUAUAAAAACACACAGCUACCAAAAAAAGAACUUGUCUUUUAUUCUCAUCUCUUUCACAAAUCCCCCAAUCUCCAACAAGAAGAGACCUCUCUUUCUCUCUCUCUCUCUCUCGCUCUCUCUCGUAUAACCCUAAUUCUCUCCACCACAGAAGUCACACGUGUUAUCUCUCUUCAUCACCAUGAGCUCCUCCCCGGUCGUGGAAGGCCUGACCGACGAGGAGCACAAAAAUCUCGAACAGGUUAUCAAAACUUACCAUCGGUUCGAACCAGACCCAACUACUUGCACUUCUCUCAUAACCCAACGCAUCCACGCUCCCGCCUCCGUGGUUUGGCCUCUCAUCCGCCGCUUCGACAACCCUGAACGCUACAAACACUUCGUCAAAAGCUGCCGUCUUAUCUCCGGCGAUGGAGGCAUCGGAAGCGUCCGAGAAGUGACCGUAAUCUCCGGCCUCCCAGCGUCCACCAGCACCGAGCGGCUAGAGUUCGUUGACGAUGAGCACCGCGUUCUGAGCUUCAGGGUCGUCGGUGGUGAGCACCGGCUCAAGAACUACAUAUCAGUGACGUCGGUCAACGAGUUCUUGAAUCAAGAUUCAGGUAAGGUCUACACGGUGGUUCUUGAAUCUUACACCGUUGACAUACCCGAUGGGAACACAGAGGAAGACACGAAAAUGUUUGUGGACACUGUCGUCAAACUCAAUCUUCAGAAACUCGGAGUUGUCGCCACAGCUGCACCUAAUGCAUGAUGAAUGAUUUCAAGAUUCUUUUCUACUCCUAAUAAUAAUUAUUCUUAUAUUUCCCUUCGGUGAUUACUGAUUAUUUACAUAAUUUUUGAGAUUUUUCAUAUGACUGUUGGAAGCAAAUGUUUAAUUUCGAUUCCGUGAACGAAACUGUUGUUGCAUAACGCAUACCAGCUCUCUGUUUGUUUUCUUCAAUAAAUGGCAAAUCAAUAUUUCUGUCA